CAAGUUUCUGCUUCUCUGAAAACCGCUCAAUUCUCUCUCUCGCGUAGGAGCAGAAGGUGUUUUGAAGAGCAAUUUGAAGCUUGCGCGUGAAGUUUGAUUGCUAAUCAAAGCACUGCGCAGAAUUCGUAUGCACCGCGGCUAGGAACUAUGCAGAGAGAAAUCUCAAUCUCGACCGGAAUCUCCACUAUGCCUUUCAACGGUGAAUUCGAUUUCGAUCUGAAUCCGCUGAUGUACUCGUCGAUUUUCCCGCCAAAUCAUUCGUCAGGCUUCGAGAAUAACUACCUAAACGACGACGGAUCCUCCGAUUUCUCUUCCGCUGGGGACGAGAAAGCCCUAGCUCCGUGCUUGCCCCAAUUCCAGCAGAUGCUGAGUCAGGACCUGACGAACCGCCACCGCAUGGUGCUGACGCGCCUCCGCAGCGCGGCGAAGCAGGCGCAGACGCUCCGGCAGGAGAACGUCAAUCUGAAAAUGGCAAACCUCGAUUUGAACAAUCGGUUGAAUCUUCUGCUCAAUUCGCCGCCGCCGUUUCGUGGUGUGGCCGCCGAUCCUCUUCCUGGUUUGGAAAAUUUAGACGAAAGGAUGCGCAAGAUGAGCGUGGAAGAGGAGGGGACGAGUGAGAAUGAGGCGGUGGCGCAGAGCCCCACUAGCGUGAUGGAUUCCGGUCAGGGUGGGCUAGGAGAGAAGCGUGUUCAUUUGCCAAAGAGCAUUUCAGUUCGCUCUAAUGGCUAUCUCAAGGCGGCGCGGGAGUAUGCCAGCAGCAGCGGCAGCGGCAGCGGCGCCGGCCCCAAAGUUGUCAAAGCAUUAAACGAAAACAAUGGGACGCAAAAGGUAUAUGUGAAAGGCGGUAAGAAGGAGCAAGCGGUGGAACUCGAAGUGUACAAUCAGGGCAUGUUCAAGACUGAGCUCUGCAACAAAUGGCAACAGACCGGAGCCUGCCCUUACGGAGCUAACUGCCAGUUUGCUCAUGGCAUUGCUGAACUCCGACCAGUCCUCCGCCACCCUCGUUACAAGACUGAGGUCUGCCGCAUGGUCUUGAACGGCGUCCCUUGCCCCUACGGCCAUCGCUGCCACUUCCGCCACACUCUCACCGAGGAGGAGGAGCUCGUGAGGGCCAUGAAUACCAGCACUCUUCAACCUAUGAACUACCGGUAACACAUCUUCAUGUGAUUACUCUUUAUCUGUGCUUUGCAUGAAAGAGAAUGGUGUUAUGUAGAAGUGGAUUCGACGAUGUAAGUAAAUAAGCAUCAAAUGUGCUAGUAACAUUGAGGCUUCGUUCGCAUAGAAUUCAUGUGUCAUCAUUUUGAGACUUUUCUUUACGUUUAAAUGUCAUUAUUCAUAAUAAUGCUUUGCCACACUGAUCACUUGGUUGAAAACUCAUUUUUGCGAUGUGUAGUCAUCAUUCAUGCUAA